AUGAGGGAGGAAGCCACCUGCCCCAUCUGCCUGGACCUGAUGACUGAGCCAGUGAUCAUAAAGUGCGGACACAUCUACUGCCGUUCUUGCAUAUUAAAAAAUAUUGAGAACCAGAAAAAGAAGUCACCUUUCUUGGGAAACUUCCUGUGUCCUGUAUGUAGGGCACAGUUUCAAAGUGAGAGCAUCCAGCCCAGUAAGCAGCUAGGAAACCUCAUUGACACCAUUAAGAAGAUGGAGCAGGAAUAUUUGUGUGAGGAACACGGAGAGAAGCUCAGUCUGUUUUGUGAAGACGAUGUCCAGCUCAUCUGCUGGUGUUGUGAGCGGACACAACAGCACAAAGGGCACACCACGGCCCUCGCUGCAGAUGCCUGUCAAGGCUACAGGGAAAAGUUUCGGGAAACAUUGACACAUCUGAUGAAACUAGAAGAACACAAUAGGGAAUGUCAAAAGAACAUAAGAGAGCAAAUUACAAAAUUCCAGUCUGAAAUUAUGAAUAAAAAGAAUUACAUCAAGUACAAUUUUAAGGUUAUUCACACGAUCCUACGCAUGGAGAUGCAAUAUUAUCUAUGGAGACUAGAGGAUGAAAAACAGCAAGUUCUGAAGAGACUGCAGGACAGUGAAGCCCAGCUGCAGAAGCAAAGCCAGGAACUGAACAAACACAUUCUGGAACUGGAGAGGAGAUGUCAGGGCUCAGCCCAGGAGUUACUGCAGGAUGUGAGGGACACUUUGCACAGGAUUUCUGCUAUGAAGUUCAGUGCACCAGCGGAUGUUUCAUUGGAUAUUCACACUGUACCUGAUUUUGAUAGCAUGUACUGUCAAUUGACAAAAAUAUUUAAGACUAAUAAUGUUCAGGUUACUCUACAUCCAGAUACAGCUCACAAUGACCUGCUUGUGAACGAGGAUGGUAAAAAGGUGACUGGUGGAUCACCCCAAGUGAAGCAGGACACUCCUGCUAGGUUUAAAGACUUACCCUGUGUCCUAGGAUGUGAGGCCUUCACCUCUGGAAAACAUUAUUUUGCAAUAUAUCUUGGAAAAGGAUCUCUUUGGGAUGCAGGAGUUUGUCUGGAAAAUGUGCCAAGAGACAAUGACAUGAGACGGAAUCCUGAGUCUGGAUUCUGGGCCAUCAGUCAUUAUGAAUAUGAUGACGUUGUCGCACUGAUGUCUCCCGUAACUCCUGUUUUUCGGGGCGAACUUAGUUCCCCAACUACUGAUGAAGGCCUGAUGCUCCUGCAUCAGUCCCCCGCAGCCCUCAUCAGAAAUUUCAGAAACAGGGAGCACCCAUGGAAGUCAGGAAAAACCAUGGCCUGGGGCACAGCUCUCACCAUGAGGGAGGAAGCCACCUGCCCCAUCUGCCUGGACCUGAUGACUGAGCCAGUGAUCAUAGACUGUGGGCACAUCUACUGCCAUUCUUGCAUAAUGAAAAAUCUUGAGAACCAGCAACAGAAGUCACCUUCGCAGGGAAACUUCCAUUGUCCUGUAUGUAGGGCACAGUUUCGAAGGGAGAGCAUCCGGCCCAGUAAGCAGCUAGAAAGCAUCAUUGACACCAUUAAGAAGAUGGAGCAGGAACAUCUGUGUGAAGAACAUGGAGAGAAGCUCUUCCUGUUCUGUGAAGAUGAUGGUCAGCUCAUCUGCUGGUUUUGCGAGCAGACACCACAGCACAAAGGGCACACCACGGUCCUUGCUGCAGAUGCCUGUCAGGGCUACAAGGAAAACUUCCAGGAAUCUAUGACAUACCUGAGGAAACUAGAAGAACAAAAUCAAGACUGGCAAUGGAACAUAAAAAAGCAAAUAUCAAAAUUUCAGCGUGAAAUUAUGGAUAAAAAAUAUUGCAUCGAGUCUUAUUUUAAGGUUUUUCACAUGAUCCUACACAUGGAAGAGAAAUCUUAUCUCUGGAGACUGGAGAAUGAAAAAGAGCAAGUGCUGAAGAAACUGCAGGACAGUAAAGCCCAGCUAGAGAAGCAAAGCCAGGAACUGAACAAACUCAUCCUGGAACUGGAGAGGAGAUGUCAGGGCUCAGCCCAGGAGUUACUGCAGGAUGUGAGAGACACUUUGGACAGGACUUCUGCUAUGAAGUUAAAUGCACCAGAGGAUGUCUCUUUGGACAUUCAAGCGAUGCCUGAUAUUGAUAGCAUUUUAAGUCAAUUUAUAAAAUUGUUUGAGACUGAUAAUGUUGUUGUUACUCUGGAUCCAGAUACAGCACACAAGGAGCUACUUGUGAAUGAGAAAAAAAAGCAGGUGACUCGAGGAUUUCCCCAAGUGAAGCAUGAGACUCCUGCUAGGUUUAAAGACUUACCCUGUGUCCUGGGAUGUGAGACCCUCACCUCAGGAAAACAUUUCUUUAGAGUAUUGUUUUCACAAGGAUCUGAGUGGGAUGUAGGAGUUUGUCUGGAAAAUGUGCCAAGAGACAGUGCCAUGAGACGGGAUCCUGAGUCUGGAUUCUGGGCCAUCAGACAAUGCAAAGUUAAUGAUUAUGUAGCCCUUACAUCUCCCCUAACGCCUCUUUCUCUGCAGAAUGUUGGCUUUUUAAGCGUUUUUGUGGACUAUGAGGCCGGACUUGUGUCCUUUUACAACUUGGAUGCUGACUCCCACAUCUUCACUUUCCCAAAGGCCUCUUUCUCCGAGCCUAUCAGGCCUUAUUUCUGCAUUGGUGAAGGUUCUCAUCUGAGCACAUAA